AUGACGAAGAGCGCCAGUUACUAUUCUUGUCGUGAAACUCUUAUAUCCAUUUUGAAGUCAAUUGCCUUUUCAAAUAGACCAACAUAUUUUGGUAUUGCAAGGACGUCAAAGUUAAUUGGAGGCCUCACCAAGAUUUUCCAUGAGACAGAUAUGAAGUUGAGCAGAUCUUUAAAUUCAACUUAUCUGUCACCAUCACCCUUAGCAACUACUGAAUUAAGGAGUCUUGAGAGAAUUUUCGGUAGUGCAAUUCAGGAGCAUGUGAGAGUGAAGGGUCAAUCACUUCCGCUGGAUCCAAAUGCCUUCAAGAAGUACCCAUAUUUGAAUGAUUUAUACUGUUAUGUGGUUUUUACAAGUUUACAGAGGAAGAUCAACGAAUGCCUGAAAUCUUUAGACGUAGCUGUUAGGGAUGCAGGAGGUAAUUUGAAAUUCAAUAUUGGGUGGUCUUACCUUCUUUCUAUUCUGAAGGAGUUGAACAACAUAUCUAAACUUUACGAAGACGGGGAAGAACUUCUAUCUGGUGCAUUUCGUGCAUUUCCCCUUGCAAUUAGAUAUCUUAUUUGGCACUCAAAGAGGGGUGAUGAUCAUCUAUGGCUUCUCAAGUAUGGCACUGCAAUAGAUUUUGAAUCAAGGAUACAUCUGAUGGUUCUGAUGUUUCCUGAGGUAAAGGACGACAACAGAAAGCUGCACAAAAUGCUCGUUGACAGGUAG